UAGGAUAACAAACCACAGAAGCAUGAAUGGAUAAUUGAAGAUAAAGUUACUUUGAGUGCUUGAUGGUAUCUCAGGAUGGCUGAGCUUAUUAAUAACUGGGAGUGGGGUCGGGGAAGAAACUGGAAGUGUUUGGUGAUAGGGACAAUGUGGCACGAACUAGAGAUUCCCUCCCCUCUUACGUAUUGAGCAAUAUUCAGCAUAUGAUACACCACAUAUAGUUCUCAAGGGGUUUUUGUACAUCCUGUUGCUACUUAUCAGAUUUUUAUUAUUUUAGUCAUUUGGGGGGAAAUGUGUUUCUAGCCUUCAUGGUGACAGACAGAAUGUUGGGGGGGGGGCAGGGAACUGUUUUCUAUUGAGGAGUGACCCAGAGUCUGAACAUGCACUUUUAAGUAUCAUACAUAUUUUUAUUUGGUAUGUUUUGCAGCAAAUCCCAACUUUAAAAAUACCCCACUUAAAGAGUUUGCAAAGCUCACCUAAACACAGGUAAUACCAGGCUGGGGAGGGGGGGGGUUGUUUUUCACAUUCUGGGCAACACAACCCAAAAGGCUUUGUCUUGCGUAUCAUGGGAGAAUAGAGAGAAGGAUCUCAGAAGAAGAGGAAAGUUAUUGGGCUAAUCUAUAUAGGUGGCAGUGAAAUCUGGCAGCAGAAACAAAAUAAUAAUUAUAAUUAUAAUUAUAAUUAUAAUUAUAAUUAUUAUUAUUAUUUAUACCCCACCCACUCUGGGUGGCUUCCAACAGAAGUAUUAAAAUACAUUAAUUUAUUAAACAUUAAAAGCUUCCCUAAACAGGGCUGCCUUCAGAUGUCCUCUAAAAGUCUGGUAGUUUUUCUCUUUGACGUCUGGUGGGAGGGCGUUCCACAGGGCAGGUGCCACUACCGAGAAGGCCCUCUGCCUGGUUCCCUGUAACUUGGCUUCUCGCACUGAGGGAACCGCCAGAAGGCCCUCGACGCUGGACCUCAGUGUCCAGAUAGAACGAUGGGGGCGGAGACGCUCCUUCAGGUAUACUGGACCGAGGCCAGCACCUUAAAGCCUUAAAGGUCAGCACCAACACUUUGAAUUGUGCUCAGAAACGUACUGGGAGCCAAUGUAGAUCUUUCAAGACUGGUGUUAUGUGGUCUUGGCAGCCGCUCCCAGUCACCAGUCUAGCUGGCGCAUUCUGGAUUAAUUGUAGUUUCCGGGUCACCUUCAAAGGUAGCCCCACAUAGAGCACAUUGCAGUAGUCCAAGCGGGAGAAAACUAGAGCUCUGGCAAGACAGUUACAAACUUCCUUAGCCCAGGAUGCUCAGGCCCAAGAAUUUGUUUGAAACAAACAAGCAAAUUCCUUGGGUUGGCAUCCAAGCAAUCUGUUGUGCAAACUGAUGUCAUCCCAGCUCAUAUCACCCAGUGACCUCAACCCAGUGGCUUCAUGUAGAUGUUUCAGAGCACAGGGAGAGCCAAACGGGCCUCUAUAGCUACAAUGGCUCAUUCUGACACAAAAGUUAUUUAUGGUUAUAGUUAUUUAUGUUCACGUGGGAACAACACUCAAAGGCCCUCUUGAACUAAAUUCUGGGAAUAUGAGUAUAACGUCACUGCCUAAAGGCAAAUGGUUAUCUCCAACAAGAAAUUGUAUGAAAGCAGAUGUUGCUGGCAGAUCCUUAAGUCAGGUAUAUUUAGACUGCUUCUGUCCUUUGCCAAAACUUUAGGAGAGAAAGCCAUACCUGAUUGUGAUAUUCGAAUAUACUUCUGUACUCUGCAAGCACAAUACUCUUUAGAAGCCUGGGUAGCAUGUAUUGCAUGUCACACUUUGGGAACCUUGUGCAUCGUAAAUGGGCUUGUAAGUAUAACCUUAGCUAUAUUUAAAUAAAUAUUAGCUGGGCUAGACUCCUCUUUCUCGUCCAAGCGACGUGGUACUUCCAAGAGCCUUUAAUGCAAAAACCGGUUCCUAAUUACUGCUGAGCGUAGAAGCCUAGGAUGGUUGUAUCGAGUUGGAAAGAAAUCUAAUUAAGCCAUACAGCUCAAUCAGAUAAAAGUCUGUAUUCCUUCCAGUGCAAUCUACCUUCUUGGGCAUGGAAUCCAGCUCCCAAUAGAUCUAUUAUUAUUAUUAUUCAACCUCAACUUCCUGGUUAGUCUUGAAGCCAUAAGGUUACCUGUAGAGGCAGGUAGUCCUAGGCCUUUCUCAUAUGGCAUCAUGAAAUGUUUGUGGUAAACAUUACAACUCUAGAAUAUCAGGCCCAUCUUGCAAACAUGCUCACAAACUUCCUUAGCCCAGGAUGCUAUCUCAGGCCCGAGAAUUUGUUUCAAACAAACAAGCGAAUUCCAAACCAUUUGACAAACGGUAAGCACUCUACCUGGAAACUCAGCACAGGCAAGCAGUUGUUUGCAAGUCUAUACUGUAUAUGAAGAGAGAGCAGAGUAAUUUGAUUUGAGAAGCAUUUCUGCUGCCCGUGACUGGGUUUCCCACAUUGCAGAAUGCAGUUACUCUCCUGUAGGCCUGCCUUUGUCCUCCCCCAGCUGCAUAUUCUUUCUCUGUACAGGAUCCGAUCAUGUUGGUGCGAGAGUAUUUUAAAGAUAGUGCCAAAGGCUGGAGGGAAAGGAAGGAAUAAAACAUCUUAAGUUGCCAGACCAAAAAUACAUCUGAAGUAGGGACCAUUCCCAAAAUAAUCAACGUAUUUUAAAGCCUGGCUUUAAAGAACGGGUUGAGGAGUGUUUUUCGGGGUAUUUCAGCCACUGCUGCCAACCAGUUUUUAUCAGUGUUACAGUUUUUAAAAUAGCAGUUGUCUAAACUUGGAUGACAUCUAUUCUGCAUUGGAUGGGAAGCUUGGUUCAGAACAGUUAGAAACUGCUGACGUAUAGUGGUUUCUCCAGACUUCUUCUGCUUAGUCAUGAUUUCUACAUUUCAUGGUACCUUCGUUUUGGGUCAGUCCUAAGAACGCUUAAUCAGAAAUAAGUCUUCAGUGGAUCUUACUCAUAGUUGAGCAUGAGUUGGAUUGCACACAUGCAGCACACGAGACUCCUUGUGUUUUUAAAUUCCCAGAAGCAAAUUCUACUAGGUUUAAUGGGGUUUGUUAUCAGGUAUGUGUGUGCAGGACUGCAGUUUUAAGUACAGUGGUACCUCUACUUACGAAUAACUCUACUUACGAAUGUUUCUACUUACGAAUAGAGCUCUGUCCGCCAUCUUGGAUGCAGUUUAGAUAGGAUUUUUUCUACUUACGAAUUUUUAGAUAGGGUUGCUUCUACUUACGAAUUUUUUUCUCCCAAUGCAUUCCUAUGGGAUUCGACUUACAAUUUUUUUCGACUUACAAAUGUGCGUUCGGAACGCAUUAAAUUCGUAAGUAGAGGUACCACUGUAUUGGGGUGGAGUACCUUUAAAGCCCUAUGCGGCUUGGGACCCUCGUAGCUACGGGACCGCCUCCUGGUAUCCCCCGCGGAGGACCUUAAGGUCCACAAACAACAAUAUUCUGGAGAUCCCGAGCCAUAAGGUGGCUAGAUUGGCCUCCAGUAGGGCCAGGGCCUUUUCAGUACUGUAUUGGCCCCAACUUGGUGGAACACUCUCACAGGAGACCAGUGCCCUGCGGGAUUUGUCAUCUUUCCGCAGGGCCUGCAAGACAGAGCUGUUCCGCCUGGCCUUUGGGUUGGAUUCAGUCUGACCCCUGUGUUUUCCUCCCUCAUGCUUUUGAUUUAUGGACUACCUAAAAUGAGGUUGCAUUUUAAAUUCUAAAUUUUAAUAUUGUAUUUUAAUUGUUUUCUUUUCUUUUCUGUCUUAUUGUAAUUUUAUUGGUGUUAGCCGCCCUGAGCCCGGUUUUGACUGGGGAGGGUGGGGUAUAAAUAAAAAUUUAUUAUUAUUAUUAUUAUUAUUACAGUGGUACCUCUACUUAUGAAUAACUCUACUUAUGAAUGUUUCUACUUAUGAAUGGAGCUCCGUCCGCCAUCUUGGAUGCGGUUUAGGCUUUCCUGAUGUAAAACUUACCAAUAAGGACUAUGGAGGUGUUGCAGUGUGAUGGCUGUGAUUUUCGAGCGCCAUCCUACGAAGAUCUUAAAGCUCACAUUCAGGAUGUUCACACGGCGUUUUUGCAACCCACAGAUGUCGCUGAGGAAUCUCCUAGCCAGUCGAGGUUUAGCUCUAUGAAUAGCAGUGACCAAGCUGAGGUGGAAUAUUCUUCUGUAAAAGAUGAAUUUGGAAUUACGGAUGAGAUAGCAGGACAAAAUGCAGCUCAGCUGGGGACUGGAAAUUAUUACAGCCAUAGCCAGAGUUAUUAUGGCCAGCAUAUGCUCUCCAAGCCAGCGAGCAAGUUUUUCCAGUGCAAAUUCUGUGUGCGUUAUUUCAGAUCCAAAAACCUACUCAUAGAGCACACGCGGAAAGUGCAUGGCGCUCAGGCGGGAGGAUCUCCAGCUGGAUCGCCCGGUAGUAGCUCCUUAAAUUACAACAUUAUGAUGCACGAGGGCUUUGGUAAGGUUUUUUCUUGCCAGUUCUGCACCUACAAAUCCCCGAGGCGUGCGAGGAUUAUUAAGCACCAGAAGAUGUACCACAAAAACAGCCUGAAGGAGAGCUCCACCCCUCCCGCCGCUUCAGCUGCUAUAUCUGAAUCGGCAUCGACAUCUGUGCCAGUACAGGACUCUUGCAAGGAACUCCCAGCCGAAGUUGUAGAACGCAGUAUUUUGGAGUCUAUGGUCAAGCCUUUGACCAAGUCGAGAGGGAACUUCUGCUGCGAAUGGUGUAGCUACCAGACUCCCCGAAGGGAACGCUGGUGUGACCAUAUGAUGAAAAAGCAUCGCAGCAUGGUGAAAAUACUGUCAAGCCUGAGGCAGCAACAGGACGGGACCAACGUGCCAGACGUCUCGAGCAAGGGUCCACCAAGCCCCACUCCAAACACCAACUACAUCCCUAUGAAUGCCUCUGGGCGGGAGAUGCCGAAUGCAAACCUCCCGAGCUACAGAGGCUCUAUGAACAAUUCUCUUGUCAGGUCCAACACUUCUACUUCUUCAAAGUUUUCUUCUGUUUCCUACCCUCACAUGAAACACAAAGCACCUCACAACUCUGGCACUGUUAAUUUGUCGGACAGGUCUCGCUACGCGAUGGCCGACAUGGCAAAUUCCUCCGCCGAUAUGGAUACAAACAGUAUGCUCAAUGACUCCAGUUCUGACGAUGAGCUAAAUGAACUAGACAGUGAAAAUGGGUUGAACUCCAUGGAUCACCAAACCUCAGGGCUAACUGCAGAGCAACUGAUGGGGUCUGAGGGCCACAAGUUACUGGAAACAAAGGGGAUCCCCUUUAGGAGGUUUAUGAACAGAUUCCAGUGCCCCUUCUGCCCUUUUCUUACCAUGCAUCGGCGGAGCAUUUCCCGCCAUAUUGAAAACAUCCACCUGUCUGGGAAGACAGCAGUAUACAAAUGUGAUGAAUGUCCAUUUACAUGCAAGAGCUCAUUCAAACUCGGAGCUCAUAAACAGUGUCAUACCGGGGCAGCAUCCGACUGGGAUGCAGUGAAUUCCCAAACAGAAAGCAUAGCUUCUUCGUUAAAUGAAAGCACAGUAUCCUACGAAGGGGGCAAUAUGAAUGGCAGGAAGUCCGGCGGGUUAAUGGAUUCCAUGCAGCAGCAGCAACAAUCUCCGCAGUCCAAUUCGCAGCAUCCAUAUAAGUGUACCAUGUGCAAUUAUUCCACAACUACUUUGAAAGGUCUCCGGGUUCAUCAGCAACACAAGCACUCGUUUUGUGACAACUUGCCAAAAUACGACGGCCCAUCCUCCAAUACUCCACAAGACAGUGAGCCGGAUGCUCAUGCCUCUCCCAGCACCGUGAAGAAAAGCCAGACCUCAAUUCUUGGGCUGUCUUCUAAAAACAACUUCGUAGCUAAAGCCUCUCGGAAGAUGUCCAGUGACUUUCCCCUCGAUCUUUCACCAGUGAAGAAGAGAACUAGGAUUGAUGAGAUAGCUAGCAAUUUGCAAAGCAAAAUCAGUCAAAACAAGCAACAGGAAGACGCAGUGAUUAACGUAGAGGAGGAGGAGGAGGAAGAAGACGACAAUGAAGUGGAGAUAGAAGUUGAGCUGGACAAGGAAGAGGAACAAGGAGAGCCGCUGAUGGAAAUCGCAACAUUUGCUUCCCAGCAAAUGUGGGGAAGAGAUACCAUCGAGUCUCAGAAAGAGCCCAACUACAGGAGCAUUGGCCAUGAUUACAAUUCCACCAAUGGGGCAGAAAUUGAGCUAACUAUAUCUGAGGAUGAAGAGGACUAUUAUUGUUCUUCAAUUGGCUUGAAAGACCAAGGUCUCAAUUCAUCUGCUUUGGGCAGCCAGUCCAGUAUAUAUGGAUCAGACCAAAACAAUGAAAAUUCUGAUUAUGGUGACUCCGGAAGGCUUUACUAUUGUAAACACUGUGACUUCAGCAACAAAUCCGCUAGGAGUGUUAGCACUCAUUAUCAACGGAUGCACCCAUACAUCAAAUUCAGCUUUAGGUAUAUCCUGGACCCCAAUGAUCACAGUGCGGUGUACAGGUGUCUCGAAUGUUACAUUGAUUAUACAAACUUUGAAGACCUGCAGCAGCACUAUGGGGAGCACCAUCCUGAAGCCAUGAAUGUACUCAAUUUUGAUCAUUCCGAUUUGAUCUACCGCUGCCGUUUCUGCUCUUACACCAGCCCGAAUGUUAGGAGCCUGAUGCCACAUUACCAAAGAAUGCACCCAACAGUCAAAAUUAACAAUGCAAUGAUAUUCUCGAGCUAUGUGGUUGAACAGCAAGAGGGCUUAAGUUCAGAGUCGCAGACUCUGAGAGAGAUCUUGAACUCUGCUCCGAAAAGCCUGGCCUCUCCAACUACCGUUGCCCGUGGGACUGGCGUACCUGCUGCUUUUAACAAAAAUUCUCCGAAAAGUAAUAGCCCAGAAUCUGAAAGCCAGAAGGAGUCGUCAGUAAACAGUGUUGUGGUUUAUGACUGUGACGUCUGCUCAUUUGCAAGUCCUAACAUGCAUUCUGUCUUAGUUCAUUACCAGAAGAAACACCCUGAAGAGAAGGCUUCAUACUUUAGGAUUCAGAAGACGAUGCGCGUGGUGUCUGUUGAGAGGGGCUCUGCUCUGGCUCAGAUGGCUUAUGAAUUGGGAUCGCCCAUCUCCCCCAAAAUGUCCAAUAUGGCUUCACAACUGCCACCUCCACCACCUCCAGACCUUACGACUGAGCUUUACUACUGCAAACAUUGCUCUUACAGCAACCGCUCAGUGGUUGGCGUGCUUGUGCAUUACCAGAAAAGGCACCCAGAAAUAAAAGUUACUGCAAAAUACAUUAGGCAGGCACCUCCCACUGCAGCAAUGAUGAGAUCUGGAGAGAUCCCACCUGGCGUUCCCAGGCCACCAGCAUCUAUGCAACAGCAUAACCGGGGCAACUCUGAGAGUACUGCCUCGGAGAAUGAGAUGUUCUUCUGCCAGCACUGUGAUUAUGGAAACCGGACUGUGAAAGGCGUGCUCAUACAUUACCAAAAGAAGCACCGCGAUUUCAAAGCCAAUGCAGAUGUAAUUAGGCAGCACACAGCCACAAUCAGGAGCCUUUGUGAUCGUGGCCAGAAAAACUCCCUUGGCGGUAUGCAGACUCCUGCUUCCAAUGCCGAGCGAGAGAAGGCUAAGCUGAGAGCUCUCAAGUGCAGGCAGUGUUCUUACACAUCUCCUUAUUUCUACGCACUUAGGAAGCACAUUAAAAAGGACCACCCGAGCUUGAAGGCCACAGUCACCUCUAUUUUGCGAUGGGCGUUUUUGGAUGGCUUAAUAGAAGCCGGGUAUCAUUGUGAGUGGUGCAUCUAUUCUCACGCCGAACCCAGCGGCUUGCUUGUGCAUUACCAAAGGCGACAUCCUGAGCAUUAUGUUGACUAUACGUAUAUGGCAACAAAGCUCUGGGCAGGGCCGGAUCCUUCGCCUCCAGCCUUACUGAUCCCAUCAGAGAUGAAAACGUAUAAAUGCAGAGACUGCAUUUUUGAAGCAUCUUCCAUUUGGGACAUUACUAAUCACUACCAAGCUUUUCAUCCCUGGGCUAUGAAUGGAGAUGAAUCUGUAUUGCUAGAUAUUAUCAAGGAGAAGGAUGCCGCUGAUAAAGCCAUCCCAGCAUCCAACGAUGCUGGAGCCAGGGUCAAUUCGGAGGGCCAGAUGGCAGCGCCACAUGUGGACCAGGAUGCAGAAUAUGCAGAGGAUACAAACCUGGUCCAAGACAAAGCUAUCCAGCUCACCUCUGCAAACCCUGCAAUCUCAUCAACGCCAUACCAGUGCACAGUGUGUCAGUCGGAGUACAACAAUUUGCAUGGACUUCUGACCCACUAUGGCAAAAAGCACCCUGGGAUGAAAGUUAAAGCUGCAGAUUUUGCACAAGACAUAGAUAUUAACCCAGGAGCUGUGUACAAAUGUAGGCAUUGCCCGUACAUCAAUACACGCAUUCAUGGUGUUCUCACACACUACCAGAAACGGCACCCCUUGGUGAAGGUCACAGCGGAAGAUUUUGUGCACGAUGUGGAACAGCCAAAUGACAUGAACCAGAACGAGGUGGAGGAGACCAGCAGAAUUUUCAAGCAAGGAUAUGGUGCUUACAGGUGUAAAUUGUGCCCUUAUACGCAUGGCACGUUAGAGAAGCUCAAAAUCCAUUACGAGAAAUACCACAACCAGCCUGAAUUUGAUGUGUUUGCACAGUCUCCUCCUAAGCUGCCGGCCUCUGUGGAGCCUGAAGUCGUUGCUGAGAUUAAGCCCUCUCCAGAAAUCUCUCCGGAGGAGAUCAUUGGAGACGAUUCGGUGCCUCCUUCACACUUCUCGAGUUCCCACCUGGUGUCCCACACGGUGUUUCGUUGCCAGCUCUGUAAGUAUUUUUGCUCCACCAGGAAAGGGAUAGCUAGGCACUACCGGAUAAAACACAACAACGUCCGGGCCCAGCCAGAAGGGAAGAACAACCUCUUCAAAUGCGCCUUGUGCUCCUACACGAACCCUAUCCGCAAAGGCUUGGCUGCGCAUUACCAGAAGCGCCACGACAUCGACGCCUACUAUACUCACUGCUUAGCUGCUUCGAGGACUGUCAGCGACAAGCCCAACAAAGUGAUCAUUCCGUCGCCCCCGAAAGAAGAUUCCCCCCAGCUGAGCGAGGAGCUGAGGAGGGCAGUGGAGAAGAAGAAGUGCUCCCUCUGCUCCUUCCAAUCCUUCAGUAAAAAGGGAAUCGUAUCGCACUACAUGAAGCGACACCCGGGCGUGUUCCCCAAGAAGCAGCACGCGAGCAAGCUGGGGGGCUACUUCACCGCCGUGUACGCAGAUGAGUACGAGAGGCCGCAGGCUCCGCCAGAGGAGAGGAAUGACUUCGAGAAGCCAGAAGUGGAGGUGGAGGCUCCCGAAAUGGAGUGGCUCCCCUUCCGCUGCGUCAAGUGCUUCAAGCUCUCCUUCAGCACGGCCGAGCUGCUGUGCUCGCAUUACACCGACCACCACAGCAAGGACCUGAAGAGAGACUUUGCCAUACUGGGAAGCGGCCCCCAUUUCCAGAACCCCAUCUUCCAGUGCCGGCACUGCGACAGCAAGCUUCAUAGCACGGCGGAGCUGACCUCGCACUUGAACAGUCACAACGAGGAAUUCCAGAAGCGUGCCAAACGCCAAGAGAGGAGGAAGCAGCUUCUGAGCAAGCAAAAAUAUGCAGAUGGUGCUUUGGUAGAUUUCAAACAAGAGAGGCCUUUUGGUAACGUGGAAGAAGUUUCAAAACUGAAGGAGAGGAAAGUGGUGGGCUACAAGUGUAAAUUUUGUGUGGAAGUUCAUCCAACCCUUCGCGCUAUCUGCAACCAUCUUCGUAAGCACGUCCAGUACGGGAAUGGCUCCUCUGUGUCUGCUGCAGGCAAGCAGGAAGUUGAAGAUCCUUCAAAUGCAGCUUUCUUGGAGGGUGUUGAGGGAGCCAAAGACCCUGGCAGUGUUUCCACUGUGGAACUUGCAGAAGCUGAAUCUGGACCAUCACUGGAAGAUGAAACCAGGCCUGGUGGCUACCACUGCAGCCAGUGUGACCGGGUUUUGAUGUCUAUGCAGGGUCUACGAUCGCACGAGAGGAGUCACUUGGCAUUGGCCAUGUUUACUCGCGAAGACAAGUACAGCUGCCAGUAUUGCUCCUUUGUCUCUGCUUUCAGGCACAAUUUGGAUCGCCACAUGCAAGCUCACCAUGGACAUCAUAAACCAUUCCGCUGCAAACUCUGCCCUUUCAAGUCCUCCUAUAACAGCCGGCUGAAAACUCACCUACUCAAAGCUCAUGCUGGUGAACAUGCCUACAAAUGCUCCUGCUGCUCAUUUUCCACCAUGACAAUCAGCCAGCUGAAAGAGCACUCCCUGAAAGUGCAUGGGAAGGCACUGACACUACCAAGACCACGCAUUGUCAGCCUUGUAACCUCGCAUGCUCAACAUGCCUCCAUGAACCACACUACCGCUGAAGAAGUGGAAGAUUCUAAUGAUUCUUCCUACUCGGAACCCCCAGAUGUCCAACAGCAAUUGAACCACUACCAGUCGGCAGCUCUGGCAAGGAACAAUAACAACAUUAGCCCCGUCCCUCUUUCCGGAGCAGACCAGAAAGCCGAAGCCGUCCUUAACUGUGAAUUUUGUGAAUUCUCCUCGGGUUAUAUACAGAGCAUUCGCCGUCAUUACCGUGACAAACAUGGAGGGAAGAAGCUCUUCAAGUGUAAAGAUUGCUCCUUUUACACAGGCUUUAAAUCUGCUUUUACUAUGCACGUGGAAGCUGGGCAUUCAGCAGUUCCUGAGGAAGGACCCAAAGAUCUCCGCUGUCCUCUCUGCCUGUACCACACCAAAUAUAAACGGAACAUGAUUGACCAUAUCGUCCUUCAUAGAGAAGAGCGAGUGGUCCCCAUAGAAGUGUGCCGUUCCAAGCUGUCCAAAUAUUUGCAGGGAAUCGUUUUCCGCUGCGACAAGUGUACCUUCACGUGUUCCAGCGACGAAAGCCUACAGCAGCACAUAGAGAAGCACAAUGAGCUGAGACCUUACAAAUGCCAACUCUGCUACUAUGAGACCAAGCACACGGACGAGCUGGAUGCUCACCUUCGAGAUGAGCAUAAGGUGAGUCGCAAUUUUGAGCUGGUUGGACGGGUUAACUUAGAUCAGUUGGAACAAAUGAAGGAGAAAGAGGAGACUUCCAGCAGCGAUGAGGAAGAAAAGGAAGAGGAGAUGAGCCCCAAGUGUGAAGCGAGAGGGUCCAUGAGGUUCUCUGAGAAUGGACCACAAGAAAAACGUUUCCCCUGUGAAUUUUGUGGCCGGACGUUUGCAGAGGGCUCAGAGUGGGAACGGCAUGUGCUGAGACAUGGCCAUGUAAGUUGGUCUAAGUCUCUCUGCUUUUAACACGUUGGUUGGCACAUAGGAAGGUGUCGUAUACCAGCCUGGAUAGCUCAGUUGGUUAGAGCGCAGUGCUGAUAAUGCCAAGGUUGCAGGUUCAAUCCCCUUAUGGGACUACUGCAUAUUCCUGCGUUGCGGGGGUUGGACUAGACAACCCCUCAGGGUCCCUUUCAACUCUACAAUUCUGUGAUUCUAAGCCAGUCUGCUGGUCCAACUAGUUCAGUGUUUUCUGCACUGACUGACAGAAACUCUCCUGGGUUUUUGACAUGGGUUUCUCUCCCAGCCUAACUUGGUGGUUGUCGGGAGCUGGAGUCUUAACAACAGAAGAGCUAAAGUUUCCCCAUCCUUCCUAAAAGCCUAACAAAUUGGCUGUGGCGUAAACUUUCAUGAUUUGGAACCCACUUCAUCCCAUGUCAUCGGCUGAAUGGGACCCUGCAACCAUCAUUGGACAGCCCUUUUUCAUGUGCCGCCUCUGUGAGAGGUCCAGAGGGCGGGCAACACGAAAACAGGGCCUUUUUCUGCAGUGGCUCCCUGUCUGUGGAAUGCUCUCCCGGCAUCAGCAUUAGAAGGGGGUAGGAUGUUUUUAAUAUAUUUCUCUUGCAUCUUGAUUUUAGUGUAGCUCUGUGGGGUUUAUUGUCUGUUUGGUUGAAAGUUGUUGAUAUAUUUAAAUAAUAAUGUUUAGGUCAGGGUAACAAGGCCCUCUGAUGCUCCAGGUAGCCUCCUCCUUUUCCCUCCUCCUCCUUAGCUUGUUUUUAAACUUAAUAACAAACCAUCCCCCAUAUAGCCUAAUCCCAAAAGAAGAAUUCAAUGGAUAUACAAUGUCAAUGAUCCAGUCAAACAUUAAGCAGGCGUCUUUUGGUGGCCAAUAAAUAAUCUAUGGCCUUUUAAACUGGGUGGGGGGGGGUAUCGUAUUGUUUUUGUUUGUUACUGUGUUAUGGGUUUUAUGUUGUAAACCACCCUGUGAUCCACAGAUAAAGGGCAGUAUAAGAAUUAAAUAAAUAAAUAAAUAAAUAGCAAAUCAGAACAAAGUAAUUUGCUGCAGUUUUGCAUAAAAAUUGUUCAUUCUGGAACAAUGCCCACAACCAAUAAACUGC